AUGGACAUAGCGACAACCCCUAUCCAUAGUUUAGCAUAUCUCUUUGAAGUUGAGUUGGCCACCAUAUUUUUGAACUACAGAGUUGGUCCAAUUGAGAGUGUUCAUGGUCAUGUGAUUCACAUACCAAUAAUAAUGGAAGCUAAGUUCUUUCGCUUUCUUAAGAUUGUCGGUGUUGGUUUCAAAGCCAGAGCUGAAUUAGAAGGUCGGCUCUUGUAUCUCAAGCUGGGAUACAGCCAUGAGGUUGAACUUACUGUGCCUCCAGCUGUUCGUGUGUUUUGCUUCAAACCCAAUAUAGUUUGCUGCACUGGAAUUGACAAACAAAGGGUACACCAGUUUGCUGCUGCUGUUCGAAGUUGUAAGCCUCCUGAAGUUUACAAAGGCAAGGGUAUAAUGUAUAUUGAUGAAGUUAUCAAGAAGAAGCAGGGAAAGAAGUCCAAAUGAUUGCAGAGGUGCAUAAAUUUGAGCCUAGAUUGUUUUAUCUUAUUUAUUAGGACAUCGAGGAUCAUAUUCAUGAAACUUGAGCUUAAUGUGUGCACUUGGAUUAGACCAUUAUUUCCAUCUUGAAACUUUGUAAUCAGAAUUUUGCUUCCAUUUUUAGUCUUUUUAUCAUUAUUAUUAUUACUGCAGUGCACACUACAAGAUACGGAUAUUUCGAUGAGAUUAAUGUAUUUGUAUCAAAUAUCAUAUUAGAUACGAUAUUCGUCGA